ACCGCUUUUCUACCCGACCAUUAUGGCCAAUCUGGAGUCUAAAUACGACCCUGAAGCAGCGUCCGUAGUUCGAACUGUAGACGGGAAUGGUGACGAAAUGACGGUGAAAUACAUGGAUACACUGAUAGGUCUUUCUAAUGUACCGUCUAUUAUAGGGAGAGUCGAUGCAUUUGCGACCCUUCCGGUGCGCAAUGAUGACAUCUUCUUGUUUGCCUUUCCCAGGUCAGGAACACAUCUUGUGUUUGAAAUAAUAACCCUCCUGUUAAACAACAAGACGGAGCUAAGUACCUUGCCUAAACAGGACUACCAGAUAGAAUUAGUUAGCCAGGACCACCUUAACAAUCUACCGUCUCCAAGACUGAUAGACACACAUCUGCCGCACCAGUUCUUUCCCAAAGAAGCUCUGCAGCACAACAAGAUCGUUCACGUGAGCCGCAAUCCCAAGGACGCAUACGUAUCCUACUAUAAUCUGGCUUACGGCAUGAAACUGUUCGAAUACGAUGGGAAGUGGGAUGGUUACUUUGAAAUGAUAAUGGGCUACCAAAAUCAAAAAAUUCUUGAUUACAGUGAUUGGUUUGGUAUAGUGUUACCGUGGUGGAAGUUGUCAGAGAACCAUCCAAAUAUCUUGAAUGUUUACUACGAGGAUAUUGUCGAGGAACCCGUGAGUCAAGUCCAGAGAAUCGCUGAGCACAUAGGUAACCCCAAAGAUGGCGCCACAUACCAAAAGAUCGCAGAGGCAACAACCUUCCACUCCAUGAAGACCAAGAAACGCGUUGAGGGAUUUGACUUGCAGUUCAACACUGACGAGGGCGACGUCUGGAAAGCGGGCACCCCGGGGAUGUACAGAAAGGGGCAGAUUGGGGACUGGAAGAAUUAUUUUACUGUAUCGCAAAACGAACGCUUUAAUGCAGUUUAUCAGUGCGCAAUGAUGCACUCAGGUCUGCAGAAUAUAGGUAACAGAUACGAGUGGAAAUGAAUACCACUUCCAACACCAAGUGUUUGAGUUUCGACAUUCCGCUCUGUGGUAAUAUUUUUGCUGAACACUGCUCAUAGAUAAAGUUCUGCCAAUAGAUAAGGUUCCAUCCCUCAACGUCCCCGCACCGUUACGCCCCCGCAAUUUCUUUCUUCUGCACCUUUAUAUCCUUGCACCUGUGCUCCAUACUGGUGAAUUAUAUGCAUGGACCCAAAAGUGACACAUUUUUCAAAUCAUCAUUAAAAAAAAUGGAGAGGGGAGGGCUGCGGGGAUGUGGUUAAUGUAAUAAUUUUCUAGGACGAAUAGCAAUGCUGGUGAGACAGGAAUGGUAGUACGCUAGGAACAGUAGUCAGUUCCCCAUUACUUUGUGCAGGUGACAUUCGUCCCAUAUACGAACCCUAACCAAUACUUAUCACAUGGGACCCCGGACUACACUGUCACACCGAGACGUGAAGAGACGACCCUAGACGAGAGCACCGUAUUUCCACAUAGAAGGCGCAGCGAGUUAAAGAUAUGUACGACUAUCGUGGAAAUUAAAGUUGAAUGACGUGCCAAAAAAUUUAAGGGGAAAUCUCUUUAGAGAUGCAAUAUCACAAAAGACAUAUCUUACAAGAAAAUAUGACAAUUGAAUGUUUAUGGAAUUUGUAGUUUAUUUUCAUUUUCCACAAAGCAGUACGAUAAAGAAACAGAACUGACCACCUUAAAAUUACUAGAAAGAAAUGGUAUUUCAGUUCAGUACCCAAGCAUUAUAUUUUUCUAGUAAGGUUACAAGUCUAGCAAAAUGCCUGAAAGUACAGGUAUUGGAAAAUGUAUAAAAACAAUUAUGCGAAUAUUCAACCAGUGUACAUACUUGGAUAUAUUUGUAUCAAAAGAUGAUGAGUAAAUACAUAAAUUUUGUGCAUAUUACCUUAGAUCAAUCGGCCUAUGAAAUGCCAAUGCACGUUGUUACCAAGAUUUUACAUACUGGCAUAUUACUUAAUAUUCUUUAUAUAACAAUUUCAAUUAAAACAUUAUAUAUAGGGAGUUACCAAUUUCCUAACUCCAUUUACUAAGUUCGUGAUAAAUUGCACACACACACAGAGAUUUUUAAUACAAGCAGAUUAAAAAAUCUAAAAAAUAAAUAAAUAAAUGAAAA